AUGGUUCCCAUCAGUAUCCAAUCCCUCCUCUGCAUUAUGGGAAUUGCUUCCCUUGGCAAAUCUGUUGCCGUUGAGACUGAUACCAUCCAAGGCUGGCAACUGACUCAAUACUGUACCGAGUUUUAUACUGUCAGUAACGGAGACACCUGCUGGGACAUCAUCGCGCGGAAUCAGAAUAAAUUCACCAUGAGCCAGCUUCUAUGCUGGAAUGACGACAUCAACCCAUGGUGUUCAAAUCUGAUUCCGGGCCGACAAGUAUGUGUUGGAGUCCAACGUCCUGGGCCUACCUGCUAG